AUGGAGGACAGUGAAUUGGUUCACGUGUUGUACGACGAUGUCGUCACACCGAGGUCAGACGAUGGUUCCUCGGAGGCUGGGACAGCUGAUGAUGCUUCUCGUUCGCUGGAUAGCGAUAUUGAUCCGGAGAACGGGGAAGGCACGGAGGGUCUUUAUCUGUUUCAUGGACGGUACGUGAUGGUCACGUACAAUCGUAGCCAGGUUGGCGAUCACGAGAAGUUUUUCGAGUACUUGACGGAUUCCCUACAGGCUCAGAUGCCUGCGUUGUCGGGUGACAAGGGAUCUAAAACUGUGGAGUUUAGCUGUUAUGGAGCAAUGGAAUUGCAUAAGGACGGGAGUCCUCAUUACCACGUUGUGUUCGCCUUUAGUGACCGCAUCCACUGGAAAGAUGCGCGUCGGAAGUUCAGUGUUUGGAUUCCCGUGGAGGGAAAGGAAGACCGUGUGGUCGACACUACUUCAAUUCAGUUCAGGCCCCGCAAGAAGAAGGAUUCGGUGGCCGUGUUUCUUGGGUCGACGCAAGCCUAUUGUGCCAAGGAGGGCAACAAGUUCAUUUUCGGGAACCGAAUUCCACCGGAGGUGCAGUCGUCGAAGCGUAAGGCGGAGGACGACAUCUAUCGGGAGGCCAUUGCGUCGGCCAGCUACGAGGAAGCGAAGACGCUGUUCGAGACUAAGGUUCCCCGCGAUUAUGUUCGCAACUACUGUUCAUACUCUGCUUUCUUGAAUAGCAAGAAACUGAAGGUGGCGGUGCCACAUAAAGCUAACUUCAAGGUGAACGAUUGGGCAGUGCCCGAGGAGCUGCUUCAGUGGAAGGCAGCCAACUUUGACCGCGACGCUGGUGGUCGUCCGGUAGCUCUUAUCAUUAGAGGUCCUGCCCGGUGUGGCAAGACGGAGUGGGCGAUGUCUUUCGGGAAGCCUGCGGAGAUGACGCAUUCCUGGUGCGUUGACGCCUUGUCGAAUGACUGCACUCACCUUGUGUUGAACGACAUUGAUGUGAAGGGCUUUAAGCGCUGGCGCGAGUUCCUUGGUGGACAGCGAAGCAUUGUUGUGAGCGGUAAAUAUCGACACGAGUCGGUUAUGGAGUGGGGUAAACCCACAAUAUGGACAUGUAAUAAGGACAAUGAUCCCCGGAAGGAUAAGCACGUGAGGGAGUAUUUGAAGAACUCUCCCGUGGUAGUCGUAGACGUGAAGAAGCCUUUGUUCUUGUUAGAUAGUUAA